AUGGAUUACUGCAGCAUCCUGCUCAUCCUUCUUCACACGCGUGUGCCGAAUGCUGGGAGUUCUGAAAUGUUCCGUGAGGCAUCGUAUGCAUCACAAAUUGAAGUGAUACCAUGCAAAAUUUGUGGUGAUAAAUCCUCUGGAAUACACUAUGGAGUCAUCACAUGUGAAGGCUGCAAGGGGUUCUUUCGGAGGAGUCAGCAGAACAAUGCAUCCUACUCCUGUCCAAGACAGAGAAACUGUUUAAUUGACAGGACAAAUAGAAAUCGUUGCCAACACUGCCGACUGCAGAAAUGUCUUGCCCUGGGAAUGUCUCGAGAUGCUGUGAAAUUUGGAAGAAUGUCCAAAAAGCAGAGGGAUAGCUUGUACGCUGAAGUGCAGAAGCACCAGCAGCGACUGCAGGAGCAGCGGCAGCAGCAGAGUGGUGAGGCAGAAGCCCUCGCCAGGGUUUACAGCAACAGCAUCAGCAAUGGCUUGAACAAUCUGAAUAACGAAACUGGCAGCACCUACGCAAAUGGGCAUGUCAUCGAUCUGCCGAAGUCUGAGGGUUAUUACAACGUGGAUUCUGCCCAGCCCUCCCCAGACCAGUCUGGGUUAGACAUGACUGGAAUCAAACAGAUAAAGCAGGAACCUAUCUAUGACCUCACCUCUGUACCAAACUUGUUUACCUAUAGCUCUUUCAACAAUGGGCAAUUAGCUCCAGGGAUAUCCAUGAGUGAAAUAGAUCGAAUUGCACAGAAUAUCAUUAAAUCUCAUUUGGAGACCUGUCAAUAUACAAUGGAGGAAUUACAUCAGCUAGCGUGGCAGACCCACACGUAUGAAGAAAUAAAGGUUUACCAGAGCAAGACGAGAGAAGCGCUGUGGCAGCAGUGUGCCAUUCAGAUUACCCAUGCUAUCCAGUAUGUAGUGGAGUUUGCAAAGCGCAUUACAGGCUUCAUGGAGCUCUGCCAGAAUGACCAAAUUCUUCUUCUUAAGUCAGGCUGCUUGGAAGUGGUUUUGGUGAGAAUGUGCCGUGCCUUCAACCCACUUAACAAUACUGUUCUGUUUGAAGGAAAGUAUGGAGGGAUGCAAAUGUUUAAAGCUUUGGGUUCUGAUGAUCUGGUAAAUGAAGCAUUUGACUUUGCAAAGAAUUUAUGUUCCUUACAGCUGACUGAGGAGGAGAUUGCCUUGUUUUCAUCUGCUGUUCUGAUAUCACCAGAUCGAGCCUGGUUGAUAGAGCCAAGGAAGGUCCAGAAGCUUCAGGAAAAGAUUUACUUUGCACUUCAACAUGUUAUCCAGAAGAACCACCUCGAUGAGGAGACAUUGACAAAGUUAAUAGCCAAGAUACCAACAAUUACUGCACUUUGCAACUUGCACGGAGAGAAACUGCAGAUGCAAAAAGCAAAACUGCAAAUGAAUCAUGACACAUUGGGUAAAAAUCUGGCUCCAUUGAAACCAGCAACAAACCCUUCACUGAUUUCAGCAGUGCCAGGAGUUCAUCCAGCAUUUUUACAUCAGCAAUUCUCUUAUGAUCUUUCUCCCUUGUUUGAUAUAAUUGACCUAAUUUGUGUGUGUGAGAAAAAAGACAGCCUGAUUCAUUUAGAAAGUGACAAUUGAGGGUUUU